UCGAUCUAUCACUAUUGUAAACUGGUCAACACGGCCAUAUUGGCUAAACAGGAAAGGAGUUAAUGGUACUUUUCUCGUGACCGGCCGUCGUCUCUGCUUUUUUAGUUCUUUUUCGGUUGAAAAUGGCAACCAGAAGAACAGGGCAGUUAGUUCAACGCAGUACAGCUUCGAGCGGAAUAAUGCCAGAAGAUAACCCUGACAUCGAAGGAAACGAAGGUUACGAAAGCGACGGGGAAUCUGGUGAUAGGAAAGAGACUAGACUCACUCUGAUGGAAGAAGUGCUUCUGUUGGGACUAAAAGACAAAGAGGGUUACACGUCGUUUUGGAAUGACUGUAUUUCUUCGGGCUUGCGUGGAUGUAUGAUGAUUGAACUGGGUCUUAGAGGAAGAAUUGAACUCGAGAAAACGGGAAUGCGACGGAAAAGCUUGCUUAACAGACGUGUUCUUUUCAAGAAUGAUAAUCUAACGGGUGAUGUUUUGCUGGACGAGGCCUUGAAACAUAUUAAAGAAACUGAUCCGCCUGAUACGGCGCAAAACUGGAUAGAACUUCUUAGUGGUGAGACUUGGAACCCUCUGAAGCUUAGAUAUCAACUGAGAAAUGUCCGUGAACGUCUGGCAAAGAAUCUUGUGGAAAAAGGUGUUCUUACAACUGAGAAACAGAAUUUCCUCCUGUUUGACAUGACUACCCACCCUCUUGUAGAUUCUGUUUCCAAACAAAGAGUAGUACGCAAAGUGCAGGAGGCUGUUUUAUCAAAAUGGGUGAAUGAUCCUCAUCGAAUGGAUAAGAGGACUUUGUCGCUUAUCUAUCUUGCUCACUCCUCUGAUGUUCUGGAAAAUGCAUUUGCUCCAUUGUCAGAUGACGAUUAUGAACUAGCAAUGAAACGUGUUAAGGACCUUUUAGAUCUUGAACCAGAAGAACAAGCACAGAAACCAAAUGCUAAUGAGGUCAUGUGGUGUGUUAUUUCUGCAUUUAUUAAAUAAAGCACUGUGGGUAAAUGUAGGUAGGAUUCAUCUGGUGCAUAAAAUCACUUUUCACAGACAUUUGUUGCUUGAAGGAGUUCUGCCAUGAUAUUUCAAUCUAUUAUCUCCAUCACACAAUAUUGCCUUCAGCAUCAGAGAAGUCACAAAAUAUUAGUGUGAUGAAAUAGAAAAAUACCUAUGUGGGAAGAGUAAUGGAUCAUGAACAAGGAUGGUGAAACCAGAUAAUCUCCUGUACAUGCUCAGCAUAAACUUUUGAUUGGGCACAAACUAUGGCAUAACUCCUUGAAGUAAGCAACUCAGAGAACAUGGAAAUGUGCUCAAGCCAUUCUCUUUUUUUUCUUUCAUUUAGGUAUUCAUUCAUUGUUUCAAAAUUAGUGUAGGAUAGCUGGGUUGCAUUAUAAUUGCUUACCCAAAGCUGAGUACUCUUGAACAUGAAAAGCUGUUUGCUCUCUUUGUGUCCUCUGUCAAAGGGCUUAUAUACACACAAGUAAUGAACACUUUCUUGUUGGUCUAGGAUUAGUCAUGUAAGGUAGUUGAAGGUACAGUUGAGGACAGUAAUUGGGGCCAAAGGAAUGGAUUUUAAGAAAGGAAUUGAGUGUUUUUUAGUCUUGUGUUGUUUCUGUUUAUUAUGAACUUCUAGCAUACUUCAUGGAUGUUUUAAAUGAUUAAUUUGGAUAUUUGUCAGAAAAAAUAUACACAUCAGGGACUUUGUGUAAUGUUUCAUAGAUAAGCUGAACAAUCACGAUUGAAGUAUUGUUAUUUUUAAUACUAUUAAUUGUAAAAAUACAUUGUUCAUACUAAUUAAUACCUAAUAAAUAGCUGAGUAAUAUCGUAUUUAGCUCUUCCUGUAUACAUUCAAAGCCAGUGGGGAAUAAUUUAAAGGGAACAUUGUAAUUAUUAUACCUGAGAUCAUUAACAAGCAACAGAGUAGCAGCAUUUCUGUUUUACCCUGUUGGUGAUAGGUAUUCAAGACAGCUGGUAUGUAGUUUGCUAUUAGAAUAUGAGGACAGAGAGGAGAUUCAGAUGGGCUUGUUAAAGGGAAAGCUAUGAUAUAUAGAGUGUAUAUGUCUGGAA